UCCUCCUCCUCCUCCUCCUCCCCCCAGCCCUAGUCCCUGUCCCAGUCCUUCAGCUCCUGCUCCCCGGCAGGAAUUGCAUGGCCCCCGCGCCGCCGCUCCUGUCGCUGGGAUCAGCCGCCGUCACCACCGUUUUGUCCUGCUCCCGCUUCGGUUCCCACUCGGCUCCUCGCGCAGCUCCCGGACUCGGCUGUCUCCGCACAGGGCGCAGCUCGGUGCCGCAGGGCUAGAAGCACCCGCGGCUUGCCGAGCUCCAGAGCUGGGCGCUGCGCGCCCCCCAUUCCCAGCUCUCUCCUCGCCUCGGCCCCCUAUCCUGCUUCAGCCCACCUCGCCGGAGGAGAGGGACGGCCUCCUUCUCCCUUCAGCCCCCUUCUCCUCGUUGGGGUCACUAUGCCCAGCAAAACCAAGUACAACCUGGUGGACGAUGGACACGACCUGCGGAUUCCCCUCCAUAACGAGGACGCCUUCCAGCAUGGCAUCUGCUUUGAGGCCAAGUAUAUCGGAAGCCUGGAUGUGCCAAGACCGAACAGCAGGGUGGAGAUUGUAGCUGCCAUGAGAAGGAUCCGGUAUGAAUUCAAAGCCAAGAACAUCAAGAAAAAGAAAGUGAGCAUCAUGGUAUCAGUAGAUGGAGUAAAAGUGAUUCUGAAGAAAAAGAAGAAGCUUCUUUUAUUGCAGAAAAAGGAGUGGACCUGGGAUGAGAGCAAGAUGCUGGUGAUGCAAGACCCUAUUUACCGGAUAUUCUACGUCUCUCAUGAUUCUCAGGAUCUAAAGAUCUUUAGCUACAUUGCCAGAGAUGGUUCCAGCAACAUCUUCAGGUGUAAUGUCUUUAAGUCCAAGAAGAAGAGUCAAGCUAUGCGGAUUGUCCGGACGGUGGGCCAAGCCUUUGAGGUGUGCCACAAACUGAGCCUGCAGCACACACAGCAGAAUGCAGACGGACAAGAGGAUGGAGAGAGUGAAAAGAACAGUGAUAAUUCCGGGGACCCAGCCCGCCAACUGACUGGAGCUGAGAAGGCCUCCACAGCCACUGCAGAGGAGACCGACAUCGAUGCUGUGGACAUCCCUCUCCCAGGGAGUGACAUCCUAGAAUUCAGCCGAGGGGUGACUGACCUUGAUGCAGUGGGGAAGGAAGGAGAUGUCCUCACAGACACUAAGACCUCACUCCAUCACCAGGAGAACAUUCUGACUGCCUCACCCAAGAUGCUGCUGCCUUCCUCCUCACAGAUGCCCAGCAUCGGGACCCCGCUGUCCACCCACCACCAGAUGCAGCUCCUCCAACAGCUCUUACAGCAGCAGCAGCAACAGACCCAAGUGGCCGUGGCCCAGGUUCACUUACUCAAGGACCAGUUGGCUGCAGAGGCUGCGGCUCGACUGGAGGCCCAGGCACGAGUCCACCAGCUCCUGUUGCAGAACAAGGACAUGCUUCAGCACAUCUCUUUGCUGGUCAAACAAGUGCAGGAGCUUGAGCUCAAACUGUCAGGACACGAUGCCAUGGGUUCCCAAGACAGCUUGCUGGAAAUCACCUUUCGCUCUGGCGUCCUUCCCGUGCUCUGCGACCCCACAACCCCCAAGUCCGAGGACCUCCACCUGCCCCUGCUAGGCCCCAGCUCUGCUGACUUCGCCCACUCGGUGGGCAGUCCCUUAGUUGACCAAAGCAUGUUUGAGAAUUCUAACACAGCGCCCACCCCAAAGCUGCAGCCAAGCCGCUCCUUCCCCCAUCUGUCCAAGUCCACUGCCUCCAGCUCAACAGCCAUGGGCCCCCUGGAGCUGAGUGGGCCUGGGCUCCGAGUAGGCAGCAGCCAGCACCUCAAGAACCUGGGGAAGGCUGUGGGAGCCAAGGUUAAUGAUUUCUUGCGGAGGAAAGAGCCAGUGAAUCUUGGGAACACUGCAGGAGUGAUGGAGAUCAACAAAAAUGCAGGAGCCACACUGUCUGCUCGAGGUGAUACUCCACCAGGGACCUGGCAGGAAGAAGAAAGGUCAGCUCUGUUGGAAGCAUUCCCCCGCCUUGAUCCGCCUCCUCCUGUGACCAAGAAGCGCACCCCUAGGACCCUGAAGAGCCCCCAAGACAUGCUGAUUUCUCCCCAGCCUGUCAUGAGCAGCCUGGAGUAUGGGGCAGAGCUGUUGGCUGGGCCACCCCAAGAGGCACCUUCCACGGUGCCUAGCCCGAGAGAGGUGGCCUCCAAUGACAGCCUGGGACCAGAGGGUCCUGCAGAGAUAGGGCCAGGGAGUGAGGCCCUGCUCAAUGGAGAGGGCCCCUUGUCGGUGCCAGAUCUCAUCCACAAGGACGCUCAGAGUGAUUUCAAGCUGAGGACAACCGAGUGGAGAAGGGCCUCCUCCCCGAGCCUUAGUGAAAGAAAUGGCCUUAAACUCAGUCCGGGUUCUAUUGGCCUGACUGAGCCCCAGGAAGAUGGCAGCCCCCCACCUCGGGCAAGGACCACCAGCCUUGACAAUGAGGGACCUCACCCAGACCUACUGUCCUUUGAGUAGAUCUUCCAUUCCCUUGCCCCCAAAGGAGCACCACAGUCCCUCCUCUAAUCUGGGAAAAGAAGUCCCUGCCUUGUUUUCCCACUGUCCAGGGAGGUCCUUUCUCGGGCUCCCUCUCCCCCUUUAAACACCACACUUGAAGGCACUACCAGGUUUCCAGGUCAAGAUCCUGCCUUGGGCCAGGAGCUUCCAGACCCGAGUAGCCUCCUAGUAGUAGCUUUGCUUGUGUCUAGAUGGUUUUUCUGUCCUGGGGAGGUGGGGGGGAGGGGAGGUUAACUCCUAUCAUGUUGUAGUCCCCCACACUUCCUCGGUGUCUCCCCAGUGCUGUUCCAUGCCCAUUCAUCCUCUGUUGCACCCAUACAGAGUUGGAACGAUGGUACAGGUCACAUUUCACAUUUCACUUUGACUUAUAAGUGAUACUUAAUAAAAAGUCCUCUUGAUGCUGGCAGUAAUCCUCAGGAACAUGCUGGCCACACUUCAUUAUUCUGAUGAAUGCACAAGCCCCCAGGUGAUGAGACCAGUCUAACCAGAAUCUCCAGAAUUCUGUCUCUGGAAUGUGGCUCACUUUUCUGCUGGAGACUUGGGUUCCUGUCCCUCCACUCCCUUCUGGUGGUGGGGCUUCCCAUUUCCUACCUUGAUGUCCAUGGACAGCCUAGGAAUUCCCUCGGGGCUCAGUCCAUCUUGAGAGAGGGGGCUCUCCAUGGGCUGAGGCCGGGAAUUUGCAAUCACAUCAACGCAGGCAAUGACUGCUCUGGCUUGAUGAUGGCUACAUUUGCCUUGAAAGCCAUAUACUGUAGCCUGAACCCCAGCAAAAAGGUGGCCUUAGGUGUGGAUCUGUGGGGAGCCCACCGUCCACUCUCCACUCAUCAUCUCUGUUCUCUUUGUUCAGGUAGGAAGAGAGGGAAGCUGGGAAAGCUGUUUGCUAAGUUUGAGCACCAGCCUCUGAGCUGCCUGCCCUAUUUAGCUCACCACUCUUCACAAGGGACAGCAAGUUGUUAACUGGGGUCUUCCUGGAGUCAAAUAUUGAAGUAGGCCCUGAAAAUGCCCCUAACUAAGCCUGCUCGGUUUUUUCCCUUCUUCCUUCCUUGUGGGCCCUUCCAAUUUGGGCAAGAUGAUUAAUUGGAAACUUUAUGCCACUACCUGUGCUUUAAGCUCUCAUUCCAUCAUGAGGGAAGGUAGCACCUACCUCCCCAGGUGAAGGAAGCCAGGGCUGAGCAGGCCCCAGCAGAAAAUAUCACAGGAAUGAGAUCUUUUUUAAUGCCUUUUAUAGUGCAAAGGUUGGCAUUCAAGGAAAUGGCUUGGUGAGGUCCUGUGAUGACCAAACCCUUUGAGCUAUAUGUUCCCAAAGCUGGUGGGAAGAAUGGGGUUGGUUUCUAAGACCCAGAACCAUGGAAGGAGAGUCAGGAAAGCUUUCCAGCACUUUUGGAAUUGGCCUUUUGGAAUUGAUAUGACAUGCGAAAAGGAUAAAAAAAACUUGGUUGGGUCUAAGUAAACGUAUAUGCAUAUAUUUUGAGAAUCAAAGGUGAGGGUACAGUAUGUGAGAGAAGGAUUGGAGUGAGAUGUGAGAGAGAUGGGAAGUCAUUAAUAGUGUGGUUUUAUCCCCUGCCAAACCACUUUUAACCAAUGAGAAGGUCUGUGGCAAAUGCUGGCACCCCUAGAGUCCUACUUUGUCCAUAGAGAGGUCCCAGGCCUGCUCUUCUCUUGUCUCUGUUCAGGGCCUUUAGCUCACUUUUUCCACCUGCUUCCAGGACCCACCAAAGCUAUCCCUGGUUAUCAGGUGCCACCUUCUGAGUUUAUAACACAUUGUUUGUUCCUGUUUCCCACCAGGAGCCUUGGGGUGCUGCCUUCCUGUAGCCAAGAGACUGUGUAAAGGGGUGAGCCCAAGCCAGGCAGCAUGCACAUCGAGAAGAGACCAGGCCUCUUUCAGGAGGAGGGCAUCAUUUCCGAGGGAGGGGCCUGGGUGGGAUUCACAUCCUGAGAGAAAGCAGCUUUCUGGGAACCUUCUGCUAGCCUAGUUCUCCCUCCUUCCUGUUCCUGUGCUGGGAUCCCUCUCCCCUCUGCCUUUACUUUUCAUCUGCCUCUGCAGCUGACUUUCCUGAAGGAUUUAAGGGACAGCAGCAGCCUUCUUCUUUGCUGCCCUAUCCCCAGGUGCUACCUCUCACUUUAUAGACAAAGAGGUUGGAAACUAUUGAAUGCAUCCCUGAGAAGUGGGCUGCCUCUCAUCCCAUCUUUGCCACCAUCCGGGGUGAUUUUCUCAUCCACUCUCUCUGCCCUUCUACCCCAGCAUCCAUUUCAAGCUAAAUCAGAAUGGGCUUCCCCCAUCCCUGUAUAAACCUCACCUCUAUCUCCUCAGAAGACUAGUCCUGGACCUCAGCUCCUAUUGGACAUUAAAGGCCUUAUGACAACUAUUGGAGAGUGCCAGAGAUAAUCCAAACACCAGAGCAUGGCCUUAUUUAGCCUCAAUGUGUCACAGAAAUGUAGUGUGACCAGACCACUAAGCAGAGUUGACCCCUGCAUGUGGUCUUCCUGGUAACUUGAGGUUUCCCAAGAUGGGUUCAUGGUUCUUGUGUGGGUGGUAAGGGGACUGUAGAUCUGCACCUGAAGGGUACUCCCAAUCUGAGCCUUGGCCCUCCAUGCCAGCAGCUAGGCCUGCAUCUCUGAGAAAUAAAUCAAUGAGGAGAUUGCCUUCCCAGGUAAUCUUUCUAUUACUUUGGCCCUAUCUCUCUUCAGAGACCAUGGUAGUAGAAGCCAUGGAUACAAGUGUGGCUUUUUUUUUUUUUAGCAACUAUGCCCUUUACCUUUCCUCCAUUCCAAAGCUGUUGUCAUUAGCCACAGAGUGCCUGUCCAGGUCUGGAGCAGAGCCUGACCCAGUUGAGGUCUAUUGGUUUUUGUCUUCAUUUGUCAUUAAAAGUCAUUACAGGGUUCCCACAUAAGUGUAUCCAGGACAUGGAAUCAAUGAAGCCAGGCAUCUCUCCUAUUUCUAUUUAGUCUCUCAGUGGUCUCCAUCCCCUCCCUCCUUCUCCCUUGCAAAACAGGGUGUUCUACCUACCUCACCAGGACCCUCAGAAGCUAAAGUCUGGAACCUGCAGAUUCCCUCUUGAAGGAUCAAUGUCUAGUCUGAACAAUUACUUUAAAACUUCCAAUCGUCAAGAGAGACAUUUAGGUCAUGUUGCCUUUUCUACCCAAAUUACCAAGUGAUUUCCUGUACCCACCUCAGUUGUCUGCCAUCCAAGAAGUGGAGUUAAGUUAAUGCAAAUCACUAAUGCAGACAGUGGCCUCCUUUGGGUGGCUUUGGAAGCCCAACUUCUCAGGAAGGGAGGGUGAUCUAGAGAGAAGGAGAAGGAUGGAAAGGGCAAGUCUCAACUCUUCAAAAAUGAAGAGAUAAGAGAUGGCUUAUUUUCUUUCCCCAUUACUCCUCUAUACCCACUUUGGUCUGCAUAUCUAGAUAUAUGCCCUGGUCUGUACCCAGAAACAUUUCUAUCAUGAGAGUUUUUCCAAGCAUCGCCUGUAUGACAUAGACCAUCAAAGCUGAAAUGGUCUUAGAGCUCCUCUGGUCCAAUCCCUUUGUUUUGAGAUGAGGAAAAGGACCCAGAGAGAGGAAGGAAAGGUGGCAGAGCUAGUCAAUGGCAGAGCCAAGAUUGGAAUCCAUGCCUCCAGACUCCAAAUUGGAGCAGUCUUUUCACUAUGACGCAUUGCACAAAUGGAAAUGUAUAUGUAUAUUGCUCAUGUGGAAGCAUAUGUAUAUGUGUUAUAUAUGUGGAUAUCUAGACAGACGUGUAUCGAAUCUUUUUAAUGAAUGGAGGUGGGUGGGAAUCUUUGGUUGGAUUCAGUUGUAGGGAGGAAGAAAGACAUCAGAUUGAUUGUUUCUAUAGAGUCUAUAUAUUUUUAGUAAUUUUCUGUAGAAAGCAGCUGAUUGCACAAUAAAAGUGUUUGGUUUUCUUUCCUGA